CCCCUAUCUAGAUAAUGAACUUUUCUCAAGUUUUGCGAUUACUUCCGGGUUCCCUCCACAUUGCAGAAGAAGAAGCAUGGAUGGUACAGGACGUGAUUUUACCCAAAUAUGUGGCUGUAAAGGCAUCAGAACAUGUUUGCUGUGUGAGGGAGAAAGAACGACGGUUAAAGCACCACAGGGACAUGCGAAAAGACUAGUGAGGUACAUGUACUGUAACCAGUGCCACAAGGCCUGGCGUCACAUGGAAGGAUCGCGGUGCCAGACAGAGGAGAUGGACUUCCCAGGGGUGCUAGUAGUGGAGGACUUUAUAACACCCGAGGAAGAGGCUGACAUUGUCACUGUGAUAGAAGGUACGGAGUGGAAGGUGUCUCAGUCAGGAAGGAAGAAACAGGACUUUGGCCCAAAAGUUAACUUCAAGAAGAAAAAGCUGAAGCUGGGAGGCUUCACAGGUCUGCCCAAGUUCUCUGCACCCCUAUUGGACAGAAUGAAGUCACAUGACUUACUAAAGGACUUCAUCCCUGUGGAACAAUGUCACCUUGACUACGACCCCUCUAGGGGUUCUGCCAUUGACCCACACUUUGAUGACUUCUGGUUGUGGGGUGAGCGACUUGUAACUGUCAAUCUUCUAGCUGACUCCGUGUUGACCAUGUCAUGUGAGGAAAAAGAUGAAGUGGAAGUAACCAUACAGCAAACCAGCAACUGUGAGCAUAGCAAGAAACCUGUUACAAAGACCUCAAGUUUGGACUCAGAUAUUUUAGUACCAUCUGAUGAAGAUAGUAGUCAACCUACAGCUGUUGUAGAUCUCCAAGACAUAACAAGCAGUCUGGACGUGUCAUGUAGCAGUAGCAGGAGGUACUGUGAUGUAGAAGUUGCCAUACCAAUGCCCAGAAGAUCUCUGCUUGUGGUGCAUGGAAAUGCGAGACACAAAUGGAUGCAUGCCAUUCACAGGGAGGACAUCACUAGCCGCAGGAUUGCUGUUACUCUGAGAGAGCUGUCUGCGGAGUUCGGUGCUGAGGGGGUGCAGAGUCAGGCUGGGAAGGAGCUCAUUGAUGUUGCUCUGUCUUUUAAUGGAUCUGCUAUAUCAUAACUCAAAUGAUGCCAAUUCAUGAGAUUUUACCGCCAGGGGUGUUUGUUUUGUGGGAAGGGGAAUGGGGCAACACAGGCGUGUUUUUAGCCAUUGUCAGGCUGUGAGGAAGCUGAAAUUAAUUCCUGUUUUUGCCUGAAAAUUAUCAUGUUGAAUUAUCACGUUUCAGAAAUAUACUUUGUUGAAGCAAUUUAAAAGCAGAAUUAGUAUUUUAGUGCCUUAAAUUGAUUAACCAGGACUGUACUGAAGAGAGGUAGAUGAGAGUAAAGGAUGUUGGCAGUGUUUUACACAUCAUAGCAAGUAUGCAAGGUUCAAUACAGCUGUUCAAAGUUUAUUCAUAUGCCUUGAAUUUGGUAACAAAAUAGCCAUUCGUCCAUACAUAGGAAUUCUGUGUUAUAAUCAUAAACUCCACGCAGUUUCACUUUAUCAGUGUACAGAUCAUUUGGACGGGCUUAUGUUAGACUCAUACAGUCUUUCAACCAAAGCUAAGUACAGACUUAAUUAUAAUUAUUGUAUGGUAAAUACAUUGUGUAAGGCAUGCGCUCAAGAUUAGUUCUGCAAUACAUAUCGGUUUAACAUGUCAUUACUUUGCUGUUACAUACUUUGCAUAUUCAUUUUUCUAAGGAAUAUCACAUUCUUUUCCUUGAUUGUCUGGUAAAAUGACAGGUACAUUUGUCUACCUGGUAAACUUUCUUUGACACAAAAGUCAUGUUCUUUUCAAAAUUUGUCUAUAUACAUACUUGUCAAAAUAGAUUAUUGCUAUUUGGCAUAAAAUGUUUGAAAUUUGAAGAAUGCUGGUAUAUACAUGAUUCUUAAAACCUUAAAAAUUUGUCACAAUUUUCAUAAAAAGUCACACUAAUUGUUCAUAUGGAACUGAAAAUAUAGGAGUGUGCUCAAAACCU